AUGCCGUGUUGAUAUGCCUCCGCGACCUUUACGACUGCAUAUUGAAGCGGGCUAGAGACACGCAAAUCGGUAUCGGCAAACUCUAGCUUGCCCUACAGAUAUGGCGAAUAAGCCCGCCCACGUGCUCCCUUUGUGGGCGAAAUGGAAGGGAUAUAAAGACCUCCAUGGUCGCGAAGAUGAAGGGAGAAGAAAGUGUUUUUCUCGUCUUGUGCUUUACAGUAUGGCUUUUGCUGCUGCAGGUCUUCUCGCCUUGGGCGUUGUUGGAAGCUCUUCAGCACUCCUCAUCCCAAAACCUCAGGCAUGCGAUAGCGUCCAGAGUGGAUAUCAGUGUCAGCCACAGAUAUCUCACUUUUGGGGGCAAUAUUCGCCAUACUUUUCAGUCCCAUCAGAGAUCCCUGCAGAUGUUCCUUUGACGUGCUCUGUCACAUUUGCGCAAAUCUUGUCGAGACAUGGAGCUAGAGACCCUACGGCAUCCAAGACUGCAAAGUACAAUUCGACCAUCAUCAAGAUCCAGAAUAAUGUCGCCAAUUUCACUGGCAAAUAUGCAUUCCUCGAUGACUACGAGUACACCCUUGGUGCCGACCAAUUGACAGACUUUGGAAGACAACAGAUGGAGAACUCGGGCAUCAAGUACUACCAGCGAUAUGCGAAUCUCGCUCGCAAGAGUGUCCCUUUCGUUCGUUCAUCUAGCGAGGAUCGUGUUGUGGAAUCUGCAGAGAGAUGGAUUGAUGGCUUCAAUCAGACCAAAGCUGGAGACUGGUGGGCCAACAAGAAUUACCCUUCCAUCAACGUGGUCAUCAGCGAGGCCGCUGGCAGCAACAACACGCUCAAUCACGACCUCUGCAACAGCUUCGAAAACGGACCCGACUCCACCAUCGCCGACGCCGCCCAAAAGACAUGGGUCUCCGUCUUCGUCCCAGCCAUCCAAAAGAGAAUAAAUACCGAUCUCCCCGGAGCAAACCUCACCUCAACCGAAAUAAUCUACCUCAUGGAUCUCUGCCCAUUCAACACCGUCGCUUCUCCCAACGGCACAAUCUCCCCUUUCUGCUCUCUCUUCACAGAAUCAGAAUGGCACGAUUACGGCUACUACGAAUCGCUAAACAAAUACUAUGGCUAUGGUGCCGGUAAUCCUCUCGGCCCCACCCAAGGCAUUGGUUUCACGAAUGAACUCAUCGCCCGUCUUACCAAAAAAGCAGUCCAGGAUCAUACCUCUACAAACUCCACUUUGGAUUCCAACCCUGUCACCUUCCCGCUCGAUAGAGCUCUAUAUGCGGAUUUCAGCCAUGAUAACGAUAUGACCGCUAUCUUCUUCGCCAUGGGAUUAUACAACAGCACUGCUCCCCUCUCCAACACAACGCUUCAAACUGCACAGCAAAGCAACGGGUAUUCAGCCGCUUACACCGUUCCCUUUGCAGCUAGAGCGUAUAUUGAGAAAUUGCAAUGUUUGGGACAUAAAGAGGAGAUGGUUCGGGUUAUUGUCAACGAUAGGGUUAUCCCUUUGCAAGGGUGUGGUGCGGAUUGGUUGGGUAGAUGUGGGCUUGGUGCUUUUGUGGAUAGUAUGGCUUUCGCGAGGAGUGGAGGUGGUUGGGCAAGUUGUGCUGUUUAGAUUUUUUUCAGAAGAACGGAAUUCACGUUUGUGUAAAAACGAGAAGCGUUUGUUCUCUACGGCUUGCUACUCGGUAAAAGGUAAAGGCGGUUGCGCGUACGUGUGUUUUGAGAGGUGGUCUUGCCCAAGACAAGUGCACUUGGUCAUCUCACAAUGGGGUGUUUAUGGCAUACUGUGCUUGUCUGACAUUGGUGAUCGUGGCGUUUCUUUCUCUUCUUGAUUCUUUUGUUCUCACGAUGGGGGAAAAGUAGAAUGACACCAUGGCAGUCAAUACCGGUGUAGAUGAUAUGGUGAUACUCUCAAGAAAAAUUUAGUCUUGCAAGGAUGGGGA